AUGGUGGAAUCCGACUGUUCGACGGUGGUGAAUAGUACGAAUGGGACGGUGGAAGUGGAGACAGAAGUCGGGAUCGUUUACAGAAACAUAAAGAAUCUGUUGGGGGAGGUUGAGAAUGGAAGCCUACGACAUGUGAGAAGGAAGGCUAAUGAAGCGGCACAUAUAAUGGCCCAUACGAUGACUCGAUGA